AUAAACUGAAAACUUGGAUGCAAAAUUUAUGGACUUAUGGCCCGAAUUUGAUGUUCAUAUGUCUUCGUCGUGAUCUGUCGACUUGUGAAAUGAAAACGUAUAUAAUGAAAUUUUAGUUUAUGCUACGAAAUAGAGUAAAUUCUGGUAAUAUUGACAGAAGGAAAGUGCGAAACUUUCGCUAGCUUUUGGAAAUGUUCAGUUUUAAGCAGUAAAUUUGUAUUGAAGACUAGUGGUUCUAACUGAAUUUCCGGAAUAGACGGGUUCCGGUUAAUAGGAGUAUUGUUUCGGGAUUCCGGUAUUUAGGGAUACCGGUUUAGAGAGAUUUCUAGGUACUGGAAAUAUGUAAUUAUAUAAGAAAAUGGCUUCAACAUCAAGGAGUCCAACAAAGAGUCCAGUUAAAGCUAAAAGUGCCCGAAGUGAUAUUAGCACAAGUACGGCGUCAAUCGCCGCUAAAGCCAAAGCCUUGAAGAAAGCAAACAGCCCGACAAAGGAACCAGUGCAUGACCAAGUUGAAGAUUUUGUAAAAUGUGAACUAUGUAAGCAUACACUAGAAGAUCCCAAAUCCUUAUCAUGUAUGCAUUCCUAUUGUAGGAAUUGUCUUGUUACAUAUUUUACGGAAACAAAGGGCCCGAAUGCGAACGAAAUAUCAUGUCCAAUAUGCCUUCAAAUCACGAAAACAUCAAAAUCAUCAAAAACUCCAGAGGGAGCCAUUGAUCAUCUUCAGACCAACGAGUUCCUUCGUAGUUAUCUGGAAGCAAGAAGCUUGAAAAAUCCAGAUAAAUCAUGUGAUACUUGCAGACGACAAAACAGAGUCACAGGUGCAAUCCAGUGGUGCAGAAUGUGCCAUGACGCACUGUGUGAUAAUUGUGUUGGUUUCCAUAAUGCAUUGAAAACAACCAAGCAGCAUAAUCUUAUUUACUUAACGAAACUCCGAAACGAACCGAUUGAGGGAAUUAUAUCUGCACCAUUGUGCACUACUCACGAAGGAGAGAAUGUUACUAAAUACUGUGACAACCAUAAAGAAGUCCUUUGUGAAAAGUGCGUCGCUGGUAGUCACAAAGGAUGCAAAGGCGUAAUGACAUUAAAAGAGGCUGCUGCAAGAAAUAAACAGGAAAUAACCCAUGUAAACAACACUCUUCACGAAGAAACUAACCUUGCAAAAUCUAUCUACGAAAACAGGACAAAAGCUGAUAAAACGGUAGACAAUGAUCAAAGUGACAUUGUUAUGCAAAUUCAAGAUGUCAGGAAAAAGAUUAACGACAACCUUACAAAAUGUGAGACACAACUUAUUGAGGAGCUUCAUAAGAUGCACAGCAAGGAAAAGGAAACUAUUCAUUCUGAAACAAAAGAGGCACAUCGUAUUAAAAAAUCUUCCGGAAAGAUUCAUGGAUUGGCUGCCAGCACCGACAAAUAUGGAACAGACAGCCAUGUAUUGCAAAGUCUGCCGAACAACACCGCACAAAUUGAUCACUACAAAGAGAAACUAGGAUCUCUAAAUGGCCGUAUUAAAAACACGCGAUUGAAUUUUGUUGUAGACAGCACAUUGGAACAUCUGAUGAAGGGUAUCAGUAGACUUGGCGAGCUAAGAGUAUCUUCAUCAUCUGCUCGGUUGCCAACUUCUAGGGCUUUAAAGACUGCUAGGUCUGAUUCGGAUCCGGAAGACGAGCUUGAUAUCAGAGGAUCAAGACGCACACUGAAGUCUGACACAAAAAGCCUAAAAAGCUUCAAGUCAGUGUACUCAUCGACAAUGUAUGCAAAUCUAAAAGAAGUGAUUUUUGCAGGUUCGUCAACGGACAAAGAAACAUGUUGGUUUACAGGAAUAGCAUGCAUGCCAAACGGUCAAAUCAUUUUGGUUGACAGAAACAACAAUAAGUUAAAGACCAUAAAUUCUGAGUUCAAACUGACCACGGAAACCGUCCUAGAAAAUCAGCCUUUCGGAAUCACAGUUGUGUCAGCUUCAGAAAUUGCGGUAACAAUCCCAAGGGAAAACAGAAUUGAUAUAUUCAAUGUCGGGGCUUCUCUGACACGCAGCAAAAGUAUAAAGAUAUCUGACCGAGGGUAUGGCAUCACUUAUGCAGGAGAUAAAUUUGCUGUAGCAUGUACUUGUGCAUCACCGCCAUCAAUCAAGAUUAUAACUAUGAAUGGCGAAGAAAAGCAAGAAAUUUGCCCGGAUGAUAGUUUUAUCCCCAUGCUCUUUCGGCCGUGGUACGUAAAACUGGACACAACCGGAGAAAUGAUGUAUGUUUCUGACUGUCAUAGGAGCCAUGUGACUUGUAUUUCCGGAAUGGUUAUGAAACAGUUUGUUUAUAAAGACAACAGUUUAAACGCACCGCGUGGUUUGCACGUGACAAAAGAUGGACGAGUAAUUGUUUGUGGAUUUGGAUCCGAUAAUGUUCAAAUUCUAGGUAAAGAUGGCUAUCUGAUAUCUGACGUGUUAACAAGAACGGAUGACGUAAUGGGCCCUCAAGACAUUGCAUUAACCACCACAGAAGACAAAUUGAUACUGACUUUUGAUCCAUCAAGUGGAAACAGUGAUAAAAUUCAUGUUUACGAUGUGAAGUUGUAAAAUCCGCAAUAGUUAACUGGUUGCUACAUUGUGAACAUAAUGUAGAGUAAAAUAAAUGAUAACAAACAGCAAUUAUUAUAUCAUAAUGACGAUAACACGUUGUAUGUAUAUGAAUCAAGUAGCAUAAUGUUGCAAUCACAAGUGUUUACUUACUCUGCCAAUGGGUUGUUUGGAUAAGAUUAGAAUAAAGCAAGUAAAAUAUGACACAGAA